UUCUAACGUCUUUGUGCAGGUUUUGCGUCGUGCCGAAAUACAAAACUUCUGUUCGGAUCAAUGAACCACCAGGUUUUGAAGUUCAUUUUGCAAUAACACUGACGAAAGACUGUGAAGGACAAACAGGAACAAAAAAGAGGAAGAGACCAACACAGAGGAAGGCAGUGGACAGAAAGGUGAUGGAGGCGGCAGAUAAAAACUGCACUCUGGACUCCAGCACGGAUGGUGGUUUUGCGGUGCGCUGUACUGAAGAAGUCCUUCUGCCCGUCUUCACAGAUGAGAGUCUGCAGGAGGCCAUGGAGUUCCAACCCCCUCUUCUAUCCAACACCAUCCCUCCUGUCCUUCCAGAAAUUAGACUGGUCCUACUGGGCAGAAAAGGUGCAGGGAAGAGUGCAGCAGGAAAUACCAUUUUGGGCAAUGUGGGGGGAUUUGAGAGUGGGAAGCCCACAGAGGAGUGUGUGAAAAGACGAGCAGAUGUGGACGGGAGAAAAGUUACUGUGGUGGAUACCCCAGGGUGGGAGUGGUACUACCCACUCAACAGCACCCCCACCUGGGUGAAGAGAGAGACGUUACGAAGUGUGUCGCUGUGUCCCCCCGGACCCCACGCUGUGCUGCUGGUGGUACGCUCUUGCGCUUCAGUCACCAAAGACUACAUCAGAGAGAUAGAGGAACAUCUGGAACCUCUGGGAAAAGGGGUCUGGGAUCACAUCAUGGUGCUUUUUACCAGAGGAGAUGAACUGGGGCUGGGGUCCAUGGAGCAGCGAAUCCAGACCACAGGUCCAGGACUCCAGACGCUCCUGCAGAAGUGUGGCUACAGAUACCAUGUAGUGGAUAACAGGAGCAGAGGAGAUGGGACACAAGUCAAAGAGCUAAUCAGGAAGUUGGAAGUGAUGGUGGAGGGGAAGGAGGAGAGGAGUAAACAUCUAGAGAUGGACAGUAUGGUUCUGUUGGGACUGGAAGCAGAUGCCAAGAGGAGAGCCAGGGAGAGGAGGAAAAAACAGAGGCAGAUGGAGGCCCAGACCCAGAGAGUGAUCAUCAAAGCAUCUGUCAUGAGUGACAGUCUCCAGGUCUCAGAACUUGCACAUCAGUCCUUCUCCAAGAAGCCUCGCCGUCUGCCUGAGGUCAGACUGAUCCUUCUUGGGGAGCGUGAAACAGGAAAGAGUUCUGCUGGGAAUACCAUCCUUGGUAAAGUGGACUUCUUCCAGACAGGCGUGGUGACAGAGGAGUGCGUCCGUCAACAGGCGGCGGUGGCCACGCGGCAGGUGACGGUGGUGGAUACGCCGGGUUGGGAGGGAGGAAUAGCAGGGACCACGCUGGACAGAGUCAAAAGGGAGAUCGUGGCUAGCGUGGCUUUGUGUCCUCCAGGUCCACACGCUCUGCUGCUGACUCUGAGAGUGGACACACUUGUGAGGGCUGGACAUGUGAGGGAACACCUGGAGCUUCUGGGCGAAGGCGUUUGGAGACACACCAUCCUAUUAUUCACCCACGGCGAUCAGCUUCGAGAGGGUGUCGACAUCAAGCAGCACAUCCAGAGCGGUGGCAGGGAUCUGCAGUGGCUUCUGGACAUGUAAGGGAGGUACCAUGUCAUCAGCAGCGGAGAUGGACCACAAGGAAGUGCCGGCAGCACAAGGGUGAUGGAGCUCCUGGAGAAGGUGGAAGAGAUGGCGGCGACAAAUCGGAGUGAAGCUUUCUCUGGUUUGGUUGAGGAGGUUAAAGACUUGAGUCAGCAAAGGAAUGAAAAGUUCAACCAGAGACUCAAGGACAUGCAAGACAAGAUGCUCCACCAAGAGGCGGAGUUAAAGAAUAUGAGGGAGAGAGAGAUGAAGAACUUCAGGUGGUUCUUUGACCGGCGGAAAAAAGUAAAGUCGCCCGGGAAGGCUGAUGUUCAAAGAGAGGAUGAUGAAGAUGAGGACCGGAGGAGCUCGGACAGGAACAUCGGUGAGCUAGAAGAAAGGAUGCGACUACUGACAGAGGAUAAAGAAAGAGAAAUUCAAGACCUAAAUGUAGAAUAUGAGCGAAUUCUCACAGCGUUACACCAAAGCAGACGAGAACAGGAUGAGGCGACGCUUAAUUCAGAGCUCAAAGAGAGGGAAAUUGAUGAGUUGAAAGAAAGAAUCGAUGAGCAGCAAAUGAAGUUGCUUGAACUCGAACGCGCUGUUGUCGAAAAAGAACACGAGAGGAAGCAGAGGGAGCAUGCUAUUAAAGAGAAACAGCAAGAGUGGGAGAGGGUGGUACACAAAUUAGAAGAAAAUAUAGAGCUGGAGAGGAAGGAGAAAUCAGAGUGGAGGCAGAGAGAUGAUUGUUUAAAAGCAGAAAUGGACGAGGCUAAACGAGUCUGUGAGGAAAAAGCCCGAGAAAAAAUCAGGGAGAUGGAAGAACAGAUGAGACGAGAGCUGGAGAUCAAACUGCUUGAAAAAGACAAAGAAUGGGAAGAAGUGAGAAAGAAAGACUGUGAAGAAAAGCAGAUAACACUGGAAGGUGUCAAACAUUAUGAAAAAGAUAUGGAGAGGAAAAUGGAAGAGAUGACAUUUCAGCAUCAGAAAGUGAUACAAGAGAAAGAAAAAGAGAUAGAGGGGAUUAAAGUACAGCAUCAGGAGGAUACAAAAAGAAUGACAGAGGCAAUGAAAGUAAAAUACCAAGAAGAGUUUGAGGCAAAGUUGAAAGAAAAGGCAGAACAACACGAGAGUGAAAUGAGGGAUGUACAGAAAGAAAAAAUGAAUGAGAUCAAAGAACUGAAAGAAAAGUUUGCAAAAGAAACCGAGGAACAGAUGUUUGCAAAAAAGAGAGAUUUAGCAGAAUUGGAGCAAAUGCAUCUUGUCCAAAUGCAAGAGAAAAUGCAAGAAAAUGAAAAGGAGAAAGACAUUAUUUUUGAAAAUCACAAGAGGGACAUAGCUGAAAAGAUGCACGAGAAAGAAAAAGAGAUAGAAAAGAUUAAAGUACAGCAUCAGGAGGAAAUGUCCAAAAAUGUUAGCGAAACAAAAAGGAUGAUGGAAGUAUUGAAGGAAAAAUACCAAGAAGAGUUUGAGGAAAAUUUGAAAGAAAAGGCUGAAGAUAUGGAGAAAUUAAAACAACAACAUGAGAGAGAAAUGAGGGAUUUACAGACAGAAAAAAUGAAUGAGAUCAAAGAACUCAAAGAAAAGUUUGCAAAAGAAACCAAGGAACAAGUGUUUGCAAAAAACAGAGAUUCAGCGGAAUUGGAAAAAAUGCAUCUUGUCCAAAUGCAAGAAAAAAUGCAAGAAUAUGAAAAGGAGAAGGAAAUUAUUUUUGAAAAUCACAAGAGGGACAUAACUGAAAAGAUGCAUGAGAAAGAAAAAGAGAUAGAGAAGAUUAAAGUACAGCAUCAGGAGGAAUUGUCCAAAAAUGUUAGCGAAACAAAAAGAAUGAUGGAGGUAAUGAAGGAAAAAUACCAAGAAGAGUUUGAGGAGAAGUUGAAAGAAAAGGCAGAAGAUAUGGAGAAAUUAAAACAACAACAUGAGAGUGAAAUUUGGGAUUUACAGACAGAAAAAAUGAAUGAGAUCAAAGAACUCAAAGAAAAGUUUGCAAAAGAAACCGAGGAACAAAUGUUUGCAAAACAGAGAGAUUUAGCAGAAUUGGAAGAAAUGCAUCUUGUCCAAACGCAAGAGAAAAUGCAAGAAUAUGAAAAGGAGAAGGAAAUAAUCUUUGAAAAUCACAAGAGGGACAUAACUGAAAAGAUGCACGAGAAAGAAAAAGAGGUUGCUGUGUUGAAACAACAGCAUCAAGAAAAUAUGGAAAGAAAAAUAACUGAAAUUGAAAUAUUGAUGAGAGCUGAACACCAGGAGGAAAUGGAUAGAAAAGUGAAUGAUAAGGUGGAAAGAGUAGAGCGAGAGUGUGGUUACAGAAUAAACGAUUUAGAGGCAGAGAAACAGAAUGAGUUGGAAAAGCUCAAACAACAUUUAACAAAAGAAGCUCAGAAGCACUUACAGGAAAGUAAUAGAGAAAUAAGAGAGCUGGAAGAAAAGUAUGAGGCAAAAAUGCUUGAAAAUGAAAAAGAGAAGGAGAUGUUGAUCAAAAGUCAUGAAAAAACUAUUUCACAACAAAUGCAGGACAGAGAUAGGCAGAUAGAUGAGUUAAAAAGUCAACAUGUGAAGGAAAUGAAAGCAAAAACCCAAGAGUAUGAAAGAGAAAAAGAAAAGUACGUCUUGAAUCACAACAAAGAUAUGGAACAAAGACUGUCGGAGAAGGAAAAACAGAUAGAGGAAAUUAGAAUGUCGGUAAAAGAACUGAGAGAAAAACUGCAGCAAAAGGAAGAAAAAGAAAUGGUUCAUCUGAAGUCCAUAAAAGACAUUGAAGAGCAAGUAAAAGAAAAGGAAGGAGAGGCGGGUAUUCUGAAAGACUCUUUUGAAGAAAUACAGCAAAAGCUCCGACAGACAGAGAAAGAGAGAGAGAAAGACCAUUUAAAUUACAAGAAACAGAUCGAACAAAAGCUAGAAGAAAAAGACCAAACAAUCGAACAGCUUAAGCAGCGUAUAAAGGAUGUUGAUGAAAUCCUGCGAAGGAAGAACAAAGAGAUCGGUGAGACAAUAUUAAAUCAACAGAAACAGCUGGAGGAUAGAGAAAGGGAAAUGGAGGAGAUGAAAGUACAGCUUUUACACGAAAUAGAAAGAAAAGUGACAGAGAAGGAAGGUGAGAUCGAAAGUGUGAAACAGCAGGCUGAUGCCAGGGAGAAAAGGUGGACAGAAGCUCAAAGAAAGAAGGAUGAGAAAGAUCAAGAUGAGGUGAACAGGCUGAUGAAAAUAAUAGAAAAUAAAACAAAAGAGGUAGCGGAAGCGCAGAGACUUGUGAUGCUAAGAGAAGCCGAGAUCGCUGAGGUGACGAAAGCGACUGAGAACUAUUUACGAGAUAUUGAAGAGUUAAAAGAAAGCAAUAAAAUGAUCAUGGAAAAACAGGAGCAGGAGAGGAAAAGUGAGGCAGAAAUGAUUGAAAAACUGCAGAAGAAAGUCAACGAGCUGGACCUACUGAGGCAGAGAGACGCCGAAAAGGAGCAAGAGAUCGUCAAAAUGAGGCUAACAACUGAGAAAACCAAAACGGAGCUGAAAGAGUUGUUGGAAAAGAUGGAAAGAGAGAUGACAAGCAUGAUUCAGGAGUAUGAGAGUAGAAGUGAAGAAGUAGAGUUAGUUGUAAAGGAGAAAGAAAGCACAUUAAAACAUCUGGAGGAAAAACAUCAGCGAAGUUUGUCAGAUGUCGCAGAGAAGUACGAGGAAAGUCAGAGGAAGCUGGAGGAACUGCAGGAGCAAAAUGAGAAGAUGAGGAAAGAGACUGAAAAUCUCCAAAUAAAAUGUGAUAGAUUAAGAGAAGAGUGUGAAGCGCAACGAGUAGAAAAAGACGAGUACAAAGAGCGACUCAAAAGCAAAGAGUCUGAAAUCAACCAAAUUCAUAAAGACAAAGAUCAAGAGGUCAGGACAAAUGAUGAACUAGGAAAAAACAUGAAGGAGGAAAGUGAAGUUGGGAGUCAAAAUGAACAGUUACUGGAGGCGAACAGCCAAGACGACCCAAUUAGAAGAGGUUUGUUGGAAAGGGAACGAGAGGUAGAAGAGAAGGAGAAGAUUCUGAGUGGAAAUGAAGCCGAAAUGAGCAGAAAAAGACAUGAAAUCGAUGCAACAGCGCAACAAUUUGAGGAAAAAAUGAAAAGACUUCAAAGUAAAGAGGACGAGUUGAGACAAUGGGAGUUGAGUCUACAGGUAAAACAAAAGGAGCAAGAGGAAAAAGAUGACGAUCGAGAGGAAUUUAAAGUGAGAGUGAGAGCUAUCGAGCAAAAGGAAAGGACGCUAGAUAAGUUGCUUCAAGCUCUAGAAGGCAAACAGAAGGAGUUAAGCUCUCACGGUCAAGACCUUCAGAAGAAAGUCAAAGGUUUACAAGACCAUGGCAAAGAGUUAAAAGAUCGAGAGUACCACUUAAGAAGCCAAGAACAAGAGCUGCUCGACUGGACGUCCAAACUGCACGUCCAAAACGAGCACGUGAGUUCGACGACUCAACAGUUGGAUGAAAUGGGCCGAGAUUUGGCUCUGCUGAAGGAGGAACUCUCCCGAAAAGAGAAGAAUUUAAAAAUGUCAUUUCAAAAACUCAACAAGUGGGAGCAGAAUCUUCAAGAACGAGAGGCGGAAGUCUGUAAAAGAGAACCGAAGCGACCGAGAGAUUUGGAAAACGGACAAGACGAGACCGAUGAGAGGUAUUUAAUGUACCGAGAGAUCAGUGCAGUGGAUGUAAAGGGCAAGAGGGGAAAGGAAAAAGAGUCAGAUGGAGGGACCACCACAGAGGAAUGGGAGGAUCAGAGGAUGGAAACAGCCUCGUCAGCAUCACAAAGCAAUAACUGUCACUUUGAAACACUAGAAGAGAUUGACGUGACCAAAGAAAAGGAAGAGGUUGGAGAUAGUGUAGAAACGCAGCAGGAAAUUGACGAGCAAGAACAAGACAGUGCAAGGGUUAUCGGGAAUACCAAGGUGGUACCUCUGACUCAGGGUCACCGAAGAUCAAACAACAAAGAGGCCUUGACGGUGUUGAUGCUGGGGGAGUCGUGGUCGUCCCGGUCACCAGCAGGAGUCAGCAUCCUGGGCAGAGAAGCAUCCACCCUCAGGCCUUGGAAGGGUCAGAUAGCCGGGCGACUCGUUACUGUCAUAGAACCACUCGGACUGAAGUGGCGACACGGACCGGAUGCGACUAAUCCGGCGAGACAAAACAUUCUGGAAGGCAUGUCCCGGUGCAAGGCCAGGCCUCAUGUUGUCCUCCUGAUCAUACCUGCCUUUUUGACGUGCACGCACAAGUACAGAAGAGCGGUGGAGGAGCACAUGAGUUUACUGGGGGAAGCGAUCUGGAAGCGCUCCAUGGUUGUGUUCACAUGGGGAGAAACUUUAGGCGUGAGCGCAGAGCAACACAUUCUGAGGAACAGGGAACUCAUGAAGCUGGUGGAUAGAUGUGGAGGCAGGUACCAUGUACUGACCAGAGACAAAAACAACUCUGUAAUUGAAGGAUUAUUCGAGAAAAUAGAUGAUAUAGCAGCCUUAACCUCCUAAGGACUAGCAUAGCGUCAAUGCUAUCUUCUCAAGUUUUAUAUACAGUAAGCGAUAGUUUGCUGCAAAACAAAUCUACCCACGGGGACAAAUAAAGUUACCUUGAACCUUGAUAUAACAUCAAGUAAAUUGUGUGACAAAACUGACAUCCUAUAACCAUAAUCUUGCCGAUCAAUAAGCACAGACAACACCAACAACUCUCUUAUCGCAUAUACAUAAUAAUACAAUAACAACUUGUUGAAACUGACUGAGCAAACAUGUCUAUUUAAUCCAGAAAAAAACUAAAGUUGCUCUAUUUACUUCAGUGUGUUUCCUGUUACCAGUGUGCACAGACAACUUUGAAGCAGAUGUGUUUAUCAGUGGUGGGUGUUAAACUCUGGAAUUCUCUUUAUAAUGAGCUGAAGGACUGUAAAAAAUAUAUUCCAUCUCAAAAAAAGUGUAUAAAGACAGAACAAC